AUGAGGAACUGGUGGUGUCGUGUCGUGUUGUCUCUCUCAGUGUCCAUUGGAUAUCCACGGGGCGGUGCUGAAAAGGGAACGAUGGAUGCUACUCCGUUGAUCCCACGGCAUCUUGGCCGGUUGCAAGUCUGUGUGAAAGAAGCCGGGAAGGCAGUAGACUUCGGCGCCUUGCUUCUUUGCGUAAGUCAUCUUCUGGGGCACCGUCGCAUCGCUUCUCUAGAGCCGUUAUGGGAGAGAACGUCUCCCAGCCCUAUUGUUGGUUUUGCAGCUGGGGUGACAAGCCCGUUUCUCCGGCUAAGGAGGCUCAACAGCAGACUAGGCCGUUUGACGCGGCAGACCCAGGCUCAGAGACCGGGGUCAUUUGCCGCUAACGCAGCGGAACCAGUUUGA